GACUGGGCCUUUCUCCCAGGCCCCCGCCAAUUGUACCCCUCAUCCCGAUCCCACCAUGGCGAGUGGGCGGCCAGACCUGAAGAGGAGUUUCUCCAUAAUACCCUGCUUCAUCUUUGUGGAGUCAGUACUCCUGGGUGCCGUGGUACUUCUUGCCUACCGCCUAGAAUACACAGACACAUUCCCAGUGCACAUGCAGGGCUUCUUCUGCUAUGACAGCACUUAUGCCAAGCCCUACCCAGGGCCUGAGGCCUCCAGCCGUGUCCCACCAGCUCUGAUCUACCCCCUGGUCACUGCAGGGCCUGCCAUCACGAUUCUCCUUGGAGAACUUGCCCGGGCCUUCUUCCCAUCUCCCACCUCAACUCUGCCUGCCCUGAGGGAGAAGACCAUUGUGUGUGGGGACUGCUGCCGCUUCAGCCCGGCCCUUAGAAGGCUGGUCCGCUUCCUGGGCGUGUAUUCCUUUGGUCUCUUCACCACAUCCAUCUUUGCCAAUGCUGGGCAAGUAGUGACAGGGAAUCCUACGCCACACUUCCUGUCUGUCUGCCACCCCAAUUACACAGCUCUGGGCUGCCCUCCACCAGCCACAGACAAACCUGGACUGGACCGGUAUGUCACCGACCAAGGGGCCUGUGCAGCCGGCAACCCUGCCUUGGUUGCAGCUGCCCGACGUGCCUUCCCCUGCAAGGAUGCGGCCCUGUGUGCAUUUGCAGUCACCUAUACGGCGAUGUAUGUCACACUGGUAUUCAGGGUAAAGGGCUCCAGGCUGGUGAAGCCUUCACUCUGCCUUGCCCUGCUCUGCCCAGCCUUCCUGGUGGGUGUGGUCCGUGUGGCUGAGUAUCGGAACCACUGGUCCGAUGUGCUGGCUGGAUUCCUGACUGGGGCAGCUAUCGCCACCUUCCUGGUCACCUGUGUUGUCAACAAGUUCCAGAGUCGAGUGCCUCUAAGCCAGAGAGCAUUCAGAUGGGAAGGUCUGAGUCCAGUGCCUGCCCUUGAGAACCCCCUUGAAAAGUUGAAUUCAGCCCAGGAGCCCAAGACCACUGCACCCCCGCUGCAGCCUGCCCGCCUCACCCCACCCAAACUGCAGAGCUGUACCCGUCGGGGCCACCUGAUUCCCAGCUGUGUGUCUUCCCGGGCCCCCCCGAUGUGUUCUUCCCCUCGUGUUCCCCGCGCUCGAGUGAGGUCUGAGCCAACAUUGCCUGCCAUGGUCCCUGGCCCCAGCCAGGGCCCCCCGCCAUCCCCUGGACCAUCUGUGGCAGGUGGGGGUGGAGGUGGGGGUGGCCGGGGUCGGAAGUUGCUGCUGCCCACUCCUCUGCUGCGGGACCUGUACACCCUCAGUGGACUCUACCCCUCUCCUUUCCAUCGGGACAGCUUCAGCCCCUACCUGUUUGCCAGCAGGGACCACCUGCUGUGAACUCAGGUUCCUAGGUUCUGAGAGCCUCUGGCCCCAGAUACUCCCUGGAGUCAAAUGUUCUCAGGCCAUGUAUAUGUGUUUCCUGUGUGCCUCUGUGUGUGUGUGUGUGUGAAUGUGUGUGUGUAUGUGUGUGUGUGUGUGUGUGUGAAUGUGUGUGUGUGUGUGUGUGUGUGUGUGUGUGUGUAUGCCGGGCCUGCGUGUGUGGCCCCACCAGCCACAAGGGUAUGGGGAUGGAUGGAGAAUUUAAAGAAAGUCUGGGCCUGGAUGGCUUUGUUUCUUACCCCCUCUCUAGCUGGCUGGGCCCCAGGAGGGUCUUCAUUGCCUGAUCUGGGGGAAUUUGGGAUUGGGAAAGCUGAGGGGGAGACCCUCUAUUGUCCCAAGGUUGGUGGGCAGACAGAAGCUCCUCCUUUUUAGGCAGAAGCUAAUAGAAAUAACCUUUGACUUCUUACUGUACAUUGAGAGCCUCCAUGUCUCAAAAUUCUAAGGGUGGUUGGAGUUGGUGUGAUUCCAACCAAUGAAAAAGCCCAUGUUUCUGAGACAUGGGAGUGGCGGAGGGGACACGUGGAGGGCUGUCUGACACCAGCCAAUGAGAGUGCUUGGUAUCUAAGGAUUACAGGGAAUCUUGGUGCUUGCCCCAGGUUUGGGCCCUAGAUGUCUCCGAAUGCCAAUAAUGGGUAAUGAUUCCUAAUGUUGUACCCUAGGUAUCUGAAAGUUCUUAGGGUGAGGGGGGGAGGAGAAGGCAGUCUCAGCCAAUGGCAGCCCCUUCUGAUUAUUCUGAGAUUACCCCUCUUUAGACAGCAGGAUGGAGAAAGGAGGCAGUGAGUCUGACCUGGUGGGGAGGCAUUGGAUUGUCAGGGUCCUUCUACUGAAGCCGAGUCUCUCAUUUUCUUCCCAUUGCAAGGUCCUUUGAUGGGGCAGCUCCCACCCAACCCUGAUAACCUCCCCUGUCCUUCCAGCCAAGCUGGGUUCCUUCCUUUAUCCUCUCCAUCAUUCCCCAAUUUCAAUCGUUAUCUUAAUGACCCUAAACUCUGAGUUCCUCUCCAGGCAUCAGUGCUGGGAAGGAGGGAUUCUCUUCUACUCUAUGCUCUGAGAGUCAAAUGGGGGAAAGGGAGUAGUUGAGCAGAGUCUUUGAGGUCAGGGUAUUGUCUCCCCCCAAGUGCCCUAUCCCUCAUUUCCUUGGUCCUACGUUUGGUGGGGGUGGGAUGUGGGGGUGGGGAUUUGCCUUUUGGAUCUAAGGCCAGAGUCUUGUGGUGGAGAAUGGAGAGGAGUAGGGAGUUUCUUGUGACCCACACACUUGGGAGAUUAGCUUUCAUGCCCUGCUUCCUCAUCCCACUCCAACAAAAAACAAAAACAAAAAACAAAUUUUUUCCCUUCCUGAACUGGCUGUGCCAGUUCCAGGGCACAAUGCUCCCAACAGCCCUGGCUCUGCCCCAAGGGAAGCCAAAGGGGGCAACAGAGAAAGAGAGAGAAACCUCUACUUUACUCCCAGUUUCACAGCCUUUAAUAAAGAUGUUUGUAUCAGAAAUA